GUUAUUCCUCGGAUCCCCCCUUCCGCCAAACACCUCUCCGUCGCUCCCUCCUCCCCUCCACCAGCCAUGAUGGCCACCCUCACAGCCACUGCCGCCGUCGCCUCCUCCUCCGUCGCCAUCCGCCCGUUCCGCUCCCACAAGCCCUCCCGCGCGCCCGCCGGGAUCAGGUGCUCCGUCGCCGAGGGCCCCGCGAUCUCCCAGCCGAGGGCCGCCGGCGGGGGACUGGUUGAUUGCGUGGUGGUCGGGGGCGGGAUCAGCGGGCUUUGCAUCGCCUAGACGCUCACCACGAAGCACCGCGACAGGGCCCCCGACGUGGUCGUCACCGAGGCCAGGGACCGCAUCGGCGGCAACAUCACCACCGUCGAGAGGGACGGCUACCUGUGGGAGGAGGGCCUCAAUAGUUUCCAGCCAUUCCGAGAUUGCGGGGCGAGGCUCGAAUCGGCGUGAGUUCUUUCUUGGGUGUUCUUCCUUUUUUUUUUCUGGGGAAAAGGAAGAAAAUGGAGAGGACAAAGCAAUCGUUGGAUAGAUGCUCAAGAACACUCAGACUUCACUUGCAGAAGGUAGUGCUUCAUGUGUUAAUUUUUGUGAAGCUUUCGUUGGAUAGAUGCUUGCGACCUUUUUUAGCCAGGUUAUGGCUGCUAUUGGAGGAAAUACUGCAGGUCCAGGGGAUGCUGUUGUCAAUGUUUACAUAAACCAUGAAAAGAAGUUUGCUUUUGUGGAAAUGAGAUCUGUUGAGGAGGCAAGCAAUGCAAUGGCCUUAGAUGGCAUUAUCUUUGAGGGAGCGCCUGUGAAGGUGAGGAGGUCCAGUGAUUACAACCCCUCCCUUGCAGCAACUCUUGGUCCUAGCCAACCUAAUCCUAACCUAAAUCUUGGUGCGGUUGGUUUAACCCCGGGUUCUGCUGGUGGGCUUGAAGGUCCUGAUCGCAUUUUUGUGGGUGGAUUACCAUAUUACUUUACAGAAGUGCAAGUGAGGGAGCUGCUGGAAUCUUUUGGUCCUCUUAGGGGUUUUGAUCUAGUGAAAGACAGGGAGACUGGAAAUUCCAAAGGCUAUGCUUUUUGCAUUUAUCAAGAUCUCUCAGUCACGGAUAUAGCUUGUGCAGCUCUCGAUGGCAUUAAAAUGGGCGACAAGACUCUCACUGUUAGGCGUGCUAACCAGGGUGCAAACCAACCAAAACCUGAACAGGAGAGUGUUUUGUUGCAUGCACAGCAGCAGAUAGCUCUGCAGAAGCUUAUGUAUCAACUUGGUGCACUUGCUACUAAAGUGGUAUGUCUAACACAAGUAGUUACUGAGGAUGAGCUUAAAGAUGAUGGGGAGUAUGAAGAUAUAUUGGAGGAUAUGAGACAAGAAGGCGGAAAAUUUGGUAAUUUGGUGAAUGUGGCCAUACCUCGUCCCAGACCAGAUGGAGAACCUUCCGCAGGUGUUGGAAAGAAAAUGCUCUGCAUGGAUCCUAGAAGAAGCAAGAUGCUCUGCAAGAACUUCACGAUCUUAUUACCUCGAAGAGAUCCCGAGCAUGGCAAAAUACCCUUGAGAGGAUUAUGUUCAAGUACAUUGAGCUAUGUGUUGAUAUGCGGAGGGGGAGAUUUGCCAAGGAUGUUUAAGUACGUUGAGCUAAUGUUCAAGUACAUGAAAAAUAUCGUGUAUACCUUAUUUGGUGUAACUACUUGA